UUCACGAUAGAGAUUGAUGGUGUCUGGGCAACAAUUCAAGACUUCUACCUGCAAACCGAUAUUUAUUUCGAAGGGUUUCUCACAAGCGACUUCGAUGCAGUCUGUUUUGAGGACCACGAAAGUCGGAUCUCCCAACACAUUUCCAUGUCGGGUUUUGACCCCAAGGGUAUCUUUGGCGCCAUCAAAGUGGUCGCAACCUUGCAAGUCUUUGGAACUGACGAAAACGUUUAUGGUUCGAUUCAGUGGCUGGACUCAAGACUACAGCGAACUAUCUCGACCAGUCUCAUUUCCUCCCGUAUUAUUCCUCUUGAACCGGUUAGUAUUUUGA